AAAUGGCGGCGCGCUGUCACGUUUUGUUUUCUCUGUUGUGGUUUCUGCCAUUCCUGUCGUAUGUGAGUGGUUGUGGAAUAACAACGCAUAUUGUCAUCUCUGAAAAAGCAAAGGAACACUUUGGUAACAUUAGUCCCACAAAGGUUGAUUACAAACAGAUUAUAACCAAACAUCAUGAUGCGUUCAUGGCCGGGAGUCCCUACCCUGAUGCUUUCUACAGCUCUUUCUGUGAUAAAGGAUAUUACCACAAUGUGUCCGAGGACACUCACUGGUCAGGUUUUCUUAAUGCCACCAUCAACUACAUCAGGAAGAAUUAUCCUCAACCCUGGGACACAGCUACAGAGAAACUAGUGGCAUUCAUGUUUGGGUUUGUAUCCCACCAAGUGGCUGAUAUUGUGUGGCACAGUCUGGGUGUGGACCAGGGCUUCAUCACUACCAUGGGUAUGGAAAACUUCCAUGGCUCCUACACCAAUGCUCACACAGCUGCUGAUUUUGGAGGGGAUGUGAUGAAUCUGUUUGACAUGGAUGUAGCACUAUUUAUGGACCCUCUCAAGGAAUGGUAUGUGCCUGUGGAUGACCUGACGAGGAUUUACCAGGAUUUUUACGGUACGACCAGGAUCACCAGUCCCGUUAUUGACAACUGUAGUACUUUACUACUUGUAGCAGGGUAUGCUGAGCUAGCAGGUGGCUCUGAUGCAUAUGCUGCUGUCGCCAAUACCAGCCCGUUCCUUGUAGAUCAGUACCGUGACUACUUCCUGGGCGGGGUCAAUGACAUGGCAGGUUGGUCAGCUCGACUGUGGAACCGCACCAUCACCAUGCUAGAGAAUGGCACCAGCUCAUGUUUGAUGCCCCACAACCCACUCUACAUCAACUGUACACAACCGUCCACACAGGAAUAUAGCCAGCUUUUUAACACUAAGGAAAGGAAUGGCUACUUUCGACAGCCUGAUCUACGUGGUCUAACAACUGAUGACCUCAUUGUGAAGAAGGCCUACAGGGGUAUCCUCAUCAAACCAGGCCAUAAGAUCAGGUCUUUAAUAGAAAAGAAGCGGAAUACCUUACUGACAAAGAGAAAAAGAAUUAUCGAGGAGAAGAGGAAACUACAAAAAAGGAAGGAACCAGAACAACUGGCAGACAGUCCGAAUAUGCUGGGGAUAUAUUACGCACCAGACAGAUUCUCCAAGUUUGGCUGGUCACUAGCUGUAGGUGACCUGAACGGUGACCAUAACGAUGACCUGGUAGUGGGAGCCCCUGGAUACGGUGGAGGAGGCAGCCCUGACCAAGGCAGAGUGUACAUUUUAUAUGGAUCGGACGAUGGACUACCUGUUGCUCAAGGGGCUUUCUAUCUACUCAACAUGAAUAACCAUACAAACUGUACAUUAAAAGGCCCUGCAGAGGCUCAGUCUCUAUUCGGCACCUCUGUGGCAGUGGUGGAUGUCAACCUAGAUGGAAUACCAGAUGUGGUAGUAGGAGCUCCGGCCUUCAGGAACCAUGGUCAACUCGACUACAAUGGGGCAGUGUUUAUCUACUAUGGUAAGCUGAGGUCCAAUGCAGCAUUUUAUCAGCCAAACAUCACAAUCACCUGCCAGAGUCAGUACUGUAACCUUGGGUUCACCAUGACGACGGGAGACAUUAACAAGGAUGGCCAUGACGAUCUACUGCUAGGUACACCGUACUAUCAGAUGGUGGCAAAUCAGAGUGGAAUUGUGUCAGCACUGCCCUCCAGUAAAGCUUACUCAGACCACAUGGUGAUAACAUUUGAGUCUUUAAUUUCUAAAUGGAACCUGCAAAAUAAACAGGCAUACAGCUGGUUUGGUCAUAACAUCAGAGUGCGUAGUGGCCUGGUCUUGGUGGGGCAGCCUUACUUCAGGAAAUGUAGUCGACCCGACUGCCAGCUGACCUCUUCUGACCUCCAGACUGUCGGGGCACUAAACCUGUAUAACCUAGGGGUAACCUACAACAUUUCUGGGCUCACUUUACACGGAGAGCAGCAGUUUGACUUGGCUGGAUAUAGUUCUGACAUCGGUUUCCCCUACGACAACAAGUCACUGAUCCUGGCUGUGGGUGUGGUGGGGCGUGAUGCCCCUGGGACGUACCUAACUGUGCCCAUCACCAUCCACCAAGCAGGGGCAGUGUUUGUAUAUAACAUCACUAACAACAAUGUCCAACUUCUCGCCACCUUCCAGGGCGAUAGACAGUUUGGCAGGUUCGGCAUCUAUGUCAAGUUUGAGGAUGUAAAUGCUGAUGGUAUAGAUGAUCUGAUGAUUGGAGCACCAAGGCGCAAUUAUGAUGCAACCGAUAUUGUACCUCGCUGGUUCUCAGAAGAUUAUGAUGGCAAGCUGUAUGUGUACUAUGGAGGAAAGUACUUUCCGAGAGGAAAUGCAACCUCCACGCCCAAAUGUGACCUGUUCUAUCCCUGCCCACAAACAAUGGCCAACUUUACCGCUGAAGCUGAUGGAUACAAAGUGAAAAUGGGCUAUAACGCUGCUAUUCUGAAAGCAAAAAAUCUGAACAAUAUGAUAACACCAGUGUUGUAUGGCGACGAACAUUUUGACGAAAAGUCUUCCUCGACACUCUAUGUAUACAGGAUCAACACCACAGCAACCUCUGAUGAAGAAGAGGUCGGAGGUUAGCGGUCCAGUUGAUGAGAAUUUGUCCACAGAGAAAUUCAUAUUUUUUAUUUAGUGAGUUUGAUGAGUGUAUGAUAUGGGAGGAGAUAUGUACGCUGAGUCGAGAAAUGGUAUGAGAAUAUGUGUAGAAGUUUAUGAAAAGUGAGUAUAUAGAAACGUUUAUGUACUUACUCAGGUUGAAUGUAUUUUCUUAUUGAUUUACAUGUUUACUGAUGCAAUGGCAAAGUUGGUGAUAUUUCAGCAUGAAUGUCAUGAGGAUAUAAUAUACCAGUACACCAAAUACGAUUUAUUUAUUUAUUAUUUGAUGUAAAUGUUGUGGUAAUUUUCUGUGAUACCAACAGGGCGUGCGAUUGGGUCUGGCAUGUAGAAACAUUGUACAAACUGGAUAAACAAGGUAUACAGGGUUUAUACUUAACCACCUCACAGAAAACAAAUGUAACAAAUGACGUUCAUUCCGAUAUUGAUGCUAUAGACUGCAGAUACUCUAGGAUAAAGUUUAGGACCAUUGCUGUUUUGUGAUUAAAGAAAUGAUAUUAUAAUUCAUAUUUAACAAUAAUGAAAUUGUUUGCUGAUGAUGGCAACCUUUCUGUCAUUGUUUAAAAUGCACCUACAUCUGCUAUGCUCUAAAACAUCGAACCAGAAAACUCUUUAUGGUGUAAUCUUUGACUUGUUUACUUAAACUCUCAAAAUAUUGAAUGUAUUUCUAUAUACAGUAAAGGUAAUGCCCACUAUUUAUAUCGACAAUGUUCAAAUAGAAACAGCAGCGGCAAACAUUGGCCUGAAUGUUCUUUAUUUACCGGACGGCCCGACGAAUAAUUAUUUACAUCAUAAAAGAUGUAUUUGUUUUUCAGGCUAUGUCACAACGUUCCAAUCAAAUAUGUUUUAUGGUGAUAUGGACUUGCAAAAAGCAGCUGGCUAGUAUCCUUUGGCUAGUAUCCUUUUUUCUACUUUUUUGCAAAAUGUUUAUGCAGAGCAAGCGAUUUAAUCAAAAAUGGUUACAUUUUGUUAUAUUUGCAUGAGUGUUUUGUGUGCAUUUAAGUGUAUGCGUGUACGUACACAAAUAAUGCGGGUAAUUUAUUGUACAAUAUGUAUACAGUUUAUUUAUUAAUAGGGAUAACAUAUACUUAUGUGCAUGCACAAACACCUAUUACAUGUAUACUAACGUAUAUCAACCCAAGACGUCAGCUGCUGUCUCUAUUCAUUGAUCAUUGUUACAUUAGCAACUAUUAUAAUCAUUCUAUGCAUUACCUUAUUUAUGAAUAUGUAAUAUAACUUGUGUUCAUUGUGUUUAAUGGUUACUUUAUCUGCUAUGGCACAAUCUAUUAACAAUUGUAUUGACAUUGUAUUCCGUCUUUUCGUAUUGCAGAGUUAUCUGCUCUUGAUAGCAGUUAUUG